UAAUAAUAAUAACAUAAUAUAAUAAAAUUAUUUUAAAUAUAAAAUACAAUAAGAUAUAAAAUAAAAUAAGAAUGGUAAAGAUAAAAGCCUAUGGCAAUGUAGGAUUGACUACUGAUUCCAAAUCAAAGUGGGGUGGGUUUCUGCAUUUGCUACUUCAAAAAGAAAAGGAAUAUAAAUAAAAAAAUCUAAAAAAAAGAAGAAAAAGAAGAUUAUAGUAACCCGACCAUUAACUACUUAAAUUUUAUUUAUGAAUUUCAUAGUAAUUUAUAUCAAUGUCCUGCCGAGCCCCCUUUCUCUUGGGUCCCCAGAGACAAAAGAGAAAAAAUGUAGGACUGGUAACAAAAAACAAAAGUUCAUCACGGAAGAAAGUACUUACUAAGUCGGGAUUACUAACUAAUAGUUAGAUAUUAGAUACUAACAAAACAAAAUUAUAUAUUAAUAAGGUUUAUUUAUUAUUUUUAUUAUAUGAAUAUAUUCUAUGAAUUAUAUACUAAAUAAAUAUAGAUCUAUGUAUAUACCCUAUUUUAUUGCGUUGCUAAAGCGGGCUUUACGCAAUCGAUCGGAUUAGAUAGAUAUCCUUUCAACAUAGGUCAUCGAAAAAAUCUCGCAGACCCACCAAAGUACGAAAGCCAGGAUCUUUGAGAAAAAAGAUUCCUGUUCAAAAACUGCAUAACCGCAUGGAUAAGCUCACAUUAACCCGUCAAUUUGGGAUAUAAAUUGGAUAUUUUACGUGGUAGGUAUCGGAAUAAAUUGGGAAUGAAAUAAUAACAAUUGCUACAUAAGUAAAGGGAUCUUUCCGGAUUUAACCAUGGUAUUUAUCAUGGGAUAUUAGUACUUUUCUCAAUCUUAUUUUUUUCGUACCUUUCCUUUAAUUGAAUGAGAAACUGGGUUAAAAUCUACAGGAUAAAACCUAUAAGGAAUGAUAAUGAUAUGAUAAUGAUAUGAUUAUGAUAAUGAUAAAAAAAAAGAGAGUUAUAUGCCAUAUGAAAUAAAUUCAAAUAAAUAGAAAUCAGAAGAACCCAGAUUCAAAAAGAAACAACUCUUUGGCAAAUAAUAAAAUAAUAAAAAAUGGACCAGUGAAUAUGAAAACGGGACUUAAUUAGGGCCUAGUUCAUCUUCGGGGUGGAGUUGUAAGAGGGAAGGCAAUUUUUGAACAUAGAAAGAGAUCCAAUAAAUUCAAAUAAUUGAACGAGGAGCCGUAUGAGGUGAAAAUCUCAUGUACGGUUCUGUAGAGUGGCAGUAAGAGUGACUUAUCUGUCAACUUUUACACUAUCACCCCCAAAAAACCAAACUCUGCCUUACGUAAAGUUGCAGAGUACGAUUAACCUCUGGAUUUGAAUCACUGCUUAUAUACCUGGUAUUGGCCAUAAUUUACAAGAACAUUCUGUAGUCUUAGUAAGAGGGGGGAGGGUUAAGGAUUUACCCGGUGUGAGAUAUCACAUUGUUCGAGGAACCCUAGAUGCUGUCGGAGUAAAGGAUCGUCAACAGGGCGUUCUAGUGCGUUGUAGAUUCUUAUCCAAAACUUGUAUCAUUUCAUGAUGCCAUAUGAAUCGCUAGAAACAUAUGAAGUGAAUGGCUUACCCAAUAACGUAAGUUUCCUAAGGGGACUAGAGCAGGCUACCAUGAGACAAAAGAUCUUAUUUCUAAAGAUAUUCACAACUUUUAUAUGUCCAAGGUUCUUUAUUAUAAAAAUUUAAAAAAUUUAAGAGGGUUUCCCUUCCUUUAUUCGUAUAUUUGAAAUAACUCGACUUUUUUAGAACAGGUCCGAGUCAAAUAGCAAUCAUUCAAAGCAAUUUUUUUGACACUAUUUAUUUUUUUUACACUAUUUAAAGAACCCAAGGAUUAAAUCGUAUGGAUAUGUAAAAUACAUGAUUUCCCAUCCUAUCAUAGUAGGAAAAAGAGGGAAACGGAUACUCAAUUGAAAGUGAGUAAACAGAAUUAGAUACUAAAUCUGAUAAAUAAAAUCUCAUAAAUAAGAGAGUAGAGAGUAUAAUUCUGCGGAAAGCCGUAUUCGAUGAAAGUCGGAUGUACGGCUUGGAGGGAGAUCUUUCAUUUAGUUCGAGAUCCACCCUACAAUAUGGGGGUAAAAAAGCCAAAAUAAGUGAUUUUAAGCCCUUAUAAACAGAAAACUGAUUCUUGAACCCCUUUCACGCUCAUGUCACGUCGAGGUACUACAAAAAAAAAAACAGCAAAAUCCGAUCCAAUCUAUCGUAAUCGAUUAGUUAACAUGUUGGUUAACCGUAUUCUGAAAAACGGAAAAAAAUCAUUGGCUUAUCAAAUUAUCUAUCGAGCCGUGAAAAAAAUUCAACAAAAGACAAAAAAAAAUCCACUAUCCGUUUUACGUCAAGCAAUAGGUCGAGUCACUCCCGAUAUAACAGUCAAAGCAAGACGGGUAGGUGGAUCAACUCACCAAGUUCCCGUUGAAAUAGGAUCCACACAAGGAAAAGCACUUGCGAUUCGUUGGUUAUUAGCGGCAUCCCGAAAACGUCCAGGAAAAGAUAUGGCUUUCAAAUUAAGUUCCGAAUUAGUCGAUGCUGCCAAAGGGAGUGGCGCUGCCAUACGCAAAAAGGAAGAGACUCAUAGAAUGGCAGAGUCAAAUAGAGCUUUUGCGCAUUUUCGUUAAUCCAUGAAUAGAGUUUGAGGGUCUGGUCUGGUCUAUCCAGCUUAAUUGGAAAAGAAUCAAGAGAAAAAGUAAAUAAUCACAAGUAAUAUAAAUUGAUUUCGAAAAAUUGACACAUAAAUCAGGAAUAAACUAAACUCUCUCGGGGACUUUUUUAAAGAGGAACCUCGUGUGAAUACCAUGCAAUUGGCACUUUUUUUUAUUUUUAAUUGGAAGCAGUUACUAAUUCAUGAGCUAGGAGAUAUACAGAAUGAAAACUUCAUUUUAUAAAAAAGAUAAUACCUUGGUUAGAUUUCAUCUCUUCAACAAGUUUAGUAAUGAGCAUAAUGGCCCUAUUGUUCCGAUGGAAAGACGACCCAAUCUUAGCUUUUCAAUCAAUUUCCAAACAAACAAAUUGAACGAAACCUUUCAAUUUCUUAUUUGACUAUAUUGAACUGUAUUCAUUUCUCUAUCCCUAUAGUACAUUAAAUAUAAAGAAGCUUUAGUAAGAAUGUUUUGAUGUGGUGCUAAGUAUUUCAAAAUUCUAUUUGUAUUUGUAACUCCAAAAUGUUUUCGUUUUCACUCCUACCUAGUAUAUGGAUAGACCAAUAGGAUUAUGAACUUAGAAAUUUUAAAAACGUAUCUAAAUAAACUAAAUAAAUGUAUUGAUAUGGAUUCCUAAUCCCUCCGUUAUUCCAUUCAAUUUAGGAAUAGGAAUAAACGUAAUGAGACUUUCAUUUUAAAUAUUUCUAUUUGCUCUAUUUGUUUUGUAAAGAAUCGAGAAAUAGGUUUGAUUGUCCAUUUUUUGGAUAUUUUUUGAUAUAGAUAAAAUAUUCUUCGGAUACUGAAACAUAGAAGCAGUUGGAUACCUAACUCGGGCCUAUAUGAUAGGCCCUAUAUAUAAAAUUAAAAUAGAUAAAUAUUAUAAAAAAAAUACUAUGAAUACUCGAACUUUGGUAUCUAUUCCAUUCCAUACAUUACACUAGCACUAGAUAUAGAUCAAUAUGAUUCACUUUGAAGAUGCCUUGAUGGUGAAAUGGUAGACACGCGAGACUCAAAAU